GGGGCGGGAACUCGGCGGCAAGAUGGCGGAGAGAAGCGCGGCGGCGGCGGCGGUCAGCAAACUGAAGCUCACUGAACUGAGACAAGAAUGUUCUUCACGGGGACUAGAUACUAAAGGGAACAAGCAGGACCUGAUUCUGAGACUACAGGCAUACAUGGAAGAACAUGCUGAGGAGGAGGUGAAUGAAGAGGAUGUUCUGGCUGAAGAUACGGAGGAGGAGGAACAGAAGGUUGAACCAGAAGUUGAAGAGCAGAGUGUUGCUGUCAAAGAACCAGAAGAAGAAGUGAAGAAAGUGGUCAAAAUAGAAGCACCGAUGACCGAGACAGAGAGACUAAAGAAACGAGCGGAGAGGUUCAACGUGCCGGGGACGGCAGAGAGCAAAAAAGCUGCUCGCGCUGCACGGUUUGGCUUGCCUGUGGUUGAAACAAAAGGCAUUUCUGGAAAUAUCAAAGCUCCAAUCAGCGUUGAAAAAUUGAAAGAGCGAGCGGAGCGGUUUGGCAUGAACGUUUCCUCGAUCUCAAAAAAGAACGAGGAGAACGAGAAGAUGAAGAAGAGGAAGGAGCGGUUUGGGAUCGUGACCAGUUCGGCGGGGGCGGGUGGGGGAGAGGAUACGGAGGCCAAGAAGAGAAAAAGAGCAGAACGUUUUGGGAUUGUCUGACACUCCUAAUUAUUCCCCCCACCCCCCACCCCCAAAGAAUACGGUAAACUCCUGAAAACUCGACCCCUGGUUUAACUUGUCAUGACCACUCGAGCCAUCGUGCUGUCAGUACGUACCCAGGCCCACAUUUAUUUACUGUGUGUAUUUAUACAUGUUGCCCAACCAGUCACUUGAGACCUUUUUCCUCUCGGAGUGACCUCGCGAGUUAUACGGAGUUCAUCGUCGUGUUGUUUUUUUUUUUUGUUUUUUUUGUUUUAAUUUUCCAAAUCUGUAUCCGCGUUAGUUUAUUUUCUAGGAUACUUUUUAAAUGAUUUCUGUUUUA